AUAUGGGGUGAUCCUCACUACGUUACAUUUGAUGGUAAGAGAUACGACUUCCAGGGUGUUUGCGAGUAUACUUUGGUCACAGAUUGCCUGCUGCCCAAUAGUCACUCAAGUUACCACCUAAAAGGACAUAACUUUAAACGUAAUCCAUCUGAUAAUGUUUCCCGCCUACGUCAUAUAUCAUUAGACUACAGGAACCAUACAUACACUUUAGGAGACAAUGGUGAUGUGCUAUUCGACGGCGUACAUGUGACACCACCUCUUCACAUCGAUGAUGUGUAUGCUGUUAGUAGUGGGGUGUACACUGCUAUAUGGACGUUAUUUGGUCUGGUCGUUCGUUGGGAUGGAAAGCAUGCCGUUGAGAUUCAACUGCCAUACAAGUAUCAGAACUCAACUUGUGGACUAUGCGGCAACUACAAUGGCGACCCGGAAGAUGAUAUUGCUUAUACCCGCAAUGGAUCGAUGGCUAAAGAUAUAGUUGAUUUCGGCAACAGUUGGGUGGUUGACUCUUUAGUCUGUGAUGACUCUGGAGUUAUUAUCGUUGAUCCAUGUUCAAGCGAUUCUGAUACCUUUGAAGAAGCUCAAGACCUUUGUUAUGCUUUGAUAUCAUCUGAUACGUCAUUGUCAUCUUGUCGCGAUUAUCUGAACGAAACAGCUUACUACGAGGCAUGUGUAUAUGACAUGUGUGCUAGUUUACCAAAUGAGGACCUACUGUGCGACAGCUUUGAGGAAUAUGCGCAGGCGUGUAGAGAACGCGGAGGAGAGCCUGGUGACUGGAGACAAGCUCGAUGUCCUUUUGAUUGCCCUGAAGAUCGUGUCUACAACCCAUGCGGCAGCAUUUGUCCAGUGACAUGCGCGCUGGUUGAGUUUGAUGACUGCCCUGGAGCAUGCGUAGAAACGUGCGAGUGUCCAAGUGGAACUGUCCUUAGUGGAGAGCACUGCGUCCAACUAUCGCAGUGUGGAUGCUUUGUUGAUGGAAUAUAUUAUCAGCCUGGCGAUGAAUGGGUGGAAAGUGGCUGCUCUUCAGCUUGUGUGUGUGAAGACGGUCAGGUAUCCUGCUUACCAUUAACAUGCGGUGAGUUUGCUGAAUGUCAGAUCAAGAAUAAUGUUAGAGGCUGUUACUGUAUUGAUGGUUUCCAAAGAGACGGCCACAAUUGCACGCGAGCGCCGGCAUUCUGUCGUGUCUGGGGUGAUCCCCACUAUAUAACAUACGAUGGGCUGAAAUAUGAUUUCCAGGGCGUUUGUGAUUAUACACUGACCAGAGAUUGCAGUAGUGACUACAACAAUCACUUUAGCAUCACUGUCACUAAUUUCAAGAGAAAUCCCGAUGACACUGUUGCAUUCACCCGGAUGCUGACGAUAUUACUUGGGGAAAGGAUAAUCGAAUUGAGAGGAGGGGAUGUAGUGUUUGUAGAUGGAGUUCGAGUAAAUCUGCCAACAAUCUUAUCACCUGAUGCAUUUAUGCGCUACGAAGGAGCAUUCACUGUACUCCGGUCAAGUCCCGGGCUGGUGGUUCGUUGGGAUGGUACGCACUCAGCUAGGGUCACGGUACCACCGACUCUAUUCAAUCAAACAUGUGGUCUGUGUGGUAACUUUGAUGGCAAUGCUGAUAAUGAGUUUAUAUUACCGGAUGGAACUGAAGUUGAAAAUGUUGACGAGUUUGGAGAUAGUUGGUUUGUGGAUGGAACCUGUGAAGGUGGUACAGAAUCUCCAAAUCCAUGCCAGGAUUAUGAAAAUGUCACACAAGCUGAGAACAUAUGUAAGGUCAUUCUUAACAGGGCAGGACCAUUUGGCGAAUGUUUUGAGUAUGUAACACCCAUGCCAUUCUACGAAUCAUGUGUGUACGACGCAUGCGCCACCUUACCAGAUCAGGGAGUGAUUUGUGACGACAUCAAUGAUUAUGCAGAGGCCUGCCGCGACGCAGGUGGUCAACCUGAGCCAUGGCGGCAUGAUGGAUUCUGUCCGUUUGAUUGUCCAGCAGGCUCGACCUACAGCAUCUGUACAUCACCAUGUGCAGCGACUUGCGCCGAUUACCAAAAUACUGAUGGAUGCGACGGUACAUGUGUAGAAGCGUGCGAGUGCAAUGAUGGGUUCGUUAAAGAAAACAACGAAUGUGUGCCGAUUGACACUUGUGGAUGCUGGAGUGAAGACGGAGAAUACUACAAGGCUAAUGAAACACGAAUUGCUUAUAAUUGCUCUAACGAAUGUUCGUGCAAUCCUCAUGAGUCUCUUGACAUUAGCUGUGUCAUUCUGACUUGUGACGUCAAUGCCGUUUGUGAUAUAAUAGAUGGUGUGCGUAACUGCUAUUGCACUAAUGGUUACCAAGGAGAUGGUAGAACAUGUGAUGAAGUGUUAACAACAGCACAGUCCACAACAAUUGGAGAUUCGACGACUAUCGAAGAUUUUACAACUAUAGGAGCAAUCGAAACUACAUUUAUAUCAACAACUCUCGAAGAUUUUACAACUUGGGCUCCAGUUGAAACAACUUUUAAAUCAACAACUAUUGAUGAAUCGACAACUUACGUACCAGUUGAAACAACAUUUAUAUCGACAACUACUGAUGAAUCGACAACUAUUAAUGAACCGACAACCGACGGAUCAGUCGAAACAACAUUUGUAUCGACAACUAUUGAUGAAUCUGCAACUUACGUACCAGUUGAAACAACAUUUUUAUCGACAACUAUUGAUGAAUCGACAACUAUUAAUGGACCGACGACCGACGUACCAGUUGAAACAGUAUUUGUAUCAACAACUAUUGAUGACCCGACAAGUUACUCAACAGUUGAAACAACAUUUUUAUCAACACUUAUUGAUGAAUCGGCUACUAUUAAAGAAUCGACAACCGACGUACCAGUCGAAACAACAUUUUCAUCAACAAUUAUUGAUGAACCAACAACUAUUGAUGAACCGACAAGUUAUGCACCAGUUGAAACAACAUUUUCAUCAACAACACUUAUUGAUGAAUCGACAGCUAUUAGACAAUCGACAAGUGACGUACCAGUUGAAACAACAUUUUUAUCGACAAUUAUUGAUGAAUCGACACCAGAGGAUUCCACUACUCAAGUAGAUUCUAGGCCUACUACCGCUGUAAAAUUUGGGCCUACUACCCAUGUGUAUUAUACAACAUAUGAUUCUUCAACACAUCUGGAUUAUACUACUUCAAUAGAUUCUAUUACACAGGUGGACAUUAUGACGGAUUACGCGUCGGAUUCCACAACUCAACAGCCAACAACGAGAGACCAACCCACCACAGCACCGCCAGUAUGUCCACUGAACUCUACUUACAGCAGGUGUGGUUGUCAAACAUAUUGUCCAUCUGAACUGAUGUCAUCGAAUUGUACUGAGGAGACAUGUGAGGGUGUAUGUGUAUGUGACGAUGGGUUUGCACUGAUAAACAAUUCGUGCACACCAUUAGAGGAAUGUCCAUGCGUGAAAAACGGGCAACUGUAUGCCCCUGAUUCCAACUUCCUAUCAGACGACUGCACCGAGAAUUGUACAUGUAUUAAUGGGGAGAGCCAAUGCUCUACGCACGCAUGUCAUGGAAGUGCCGACUGUGAAAAUGACGGCCAAGGUCAACGAAUAUGUGUGUGUGACCCUGGAUACAUAGGAGAUGGUCAACUAUGUACUCCAACAUUUACUUUCUCUGAGUUUUGCACUGUAUGGGGCGACCCCCAUUACUUGACACCCGAUGGAUUAAGGUACGACUUCCAAGGUGCAUGUACGUACACGUUGAUGGAAUCAGACCUUAAGGCCGGUGAUGACCUCACUAGCUUCCAUGUGUACGCAGAUAACUACAGAGAGGACGAAAUUGACGAAUGGUCCUACGUCAAGGACCUAUACGUAGAAUUUAACAACAUGGUUGUUGAGCUGCGACAGGGAAGUGAUGUUUAUGUUGAUGGGAUCCUAGUAAACUUACCGGUACUUGAGGGCGAUCUUUACAUAGCAAGAUAUGGAUAUUACACGAUUUUGUCGACUCGCUUUGGUCUGAGAAUCGGCUGGACAGGUGAGCACGUGGCUGAGAUACAGAUAUCGUCACUUUACUUUGAUAAAGUUCGAGGUCUGUGUGGUAACGUUGAUGGCAAUAUAACCAACGAUUUCCAAACACCAACCGGUUCAUUGGCACCAAAUUCAACUAUAUUUGGUGAUAGCUGGGUUCUCGGAUCCUCUUGUUCAAAAGAAACGCCGCUCUAUGAUACCUGUGAGACGAUUGAACUUCAAAAUGCUGCCGUUGAUGUCUGCUCUACAUAUUUAAAUAAUACAGAAAUUUUCGGAAGCUGUCACCAAAAUAUCUCACUUGAUCUGUACUAUACUGCUUGUAUCCUCGACGCAUGCGCGACAAAUAUUGAUAUGGAUGUUCUUUGCGACACAAUCCGGCAAUAUGCAUUACGCUGUGACAUCAGAACGUGGCGUGAAGAUCUUGAUGUUUGUGUUGUAAAUUGUUCUGCAAACGCGCACUUCGAUUCGUGUGCAUCUGCCUGCCAGCCGUCAUGUGCAAAUUUCAGUUCCGAUGUAUGCACAGAGUUUCCAACUAGUGACUGCGUCGAGGGUUGUGUCUGCAAUGAAGGAUUUGUAUCUCAGAAUGACACAUGCGUAGAACCCUCGGAAUGUGGCUGUACUUGGAAUGGUCGAUAUUAUGAGAUCGGUGAAUCUGUGCUAAAUAAUGACUGCACUGACAACUGCACUUGUACGCCUUCUGGAGAGACCAAAUGCACUGACUUCAACUGCCCUUCCUUGUUUGUAUGUGGUGUCAUGGAUGGUCAAAUACAGUGUUACGAGGAUACUUCAACAGGUGGUCCAACUUCAAAUGCACCGGUUACAACGGCUGUUCAAGAAACUACUUUGAUGCCAAACCUCACAUACACCCUGGAUGUUAGUCAGCUUUCGAGUAGCGCUAUAACGAUCACAUGGACGACAAGUGUUGCAGUAAACAGUGUCACGGCACGAUUCCGCGCCGAGGACGACGAGCCUUGGCAUGAGGACACGACCACAAUACCAGGUUCACGUACAAUGUAUCAAUUAAGCGGUAUAGAGCCCGGAAGUACGUACGUGAUGCAGUUGAUCUUUAGCUACGGUGCUGGGUUGACCACAUUUAGUAACGAGCUUGCUGCAACAUCCUGCCAACGUGGAUUCCAGGGUGCAGAUGAAUGUAUUGAUUAUCAAGAAAUUGGUGCUUACGAUGUCAUCUUAAAGAAUGCAACCAGUGACACUCUGAUGUUGAGCUGGGAAAUAGAUGGUACCCUUCAGGAAACAUUGGUCUGGGUCAUGGUGCAGUAUCGAUCCCGAAUUGAGUCUGCUCAGUGGCAGAAUAGUACAACUCUGGAAACUGACGUCACUAGUUAUAGAGUCGAAGGACUUUCACCCGGUCAACUAUACGAGUUACGAGUGCUAGUAUUAAUAGAUAUCUCCUCACCAGCUUCCAGAAGGAAACGAGCGAUUGAAUCUGGAAUUGGAGAAAGCUUCACCGUCACCUAUGCUACGUGCCCUAAUAACUUCCAGGGAGAAAAUUGUGAAGAAGGCAAAACAACUGUCACGGUAGUGCCUCCAACAACACAAGGAAUCGGCGAAACAACAGUCACGGGAAUGCCAUCAACAUCAGCAACACAAGAAAUCGGCGAAACAACAGUCACGAUAGUGUCUCCAACAACACGAGAAAUCGACGUAACAACAAUCACGGCGGUGCCGCCAAGAACACGAGAAAUCGGCGAAACAACAGUCACGGGAGUGCCUCCAACAACACGAGAAAUCGACGUAACAACAGUCACGGUGAUGCCGCCAACAACACAAGAUAUUGGUAAGUUAUAGUUCUAAUCCUGUCAGAGUCAGGACUUGUAGAUAGCUAAAUCUGAAUGCAUAUCUUCUGAUCUUCUGACUUAUUGUGUUAUUCUUGGUGCAUUUUACACCAAAACACUCAUGUUCUCCUCUUCAUUCAU